AAGCAGCGUUUCCAUUAUAAAUAUCUUUGCACAGUCGUUCCAGUGUGUGCGGAGAAAGGCCCUAUUGCAUUCGCCUUCUCUCCAUCUCCCUCUCUCUUCGCCGCCGCUACAAUGACCGGACCCGGGCUCUUCUCCGACAUCGGAAGGAAGGCGAAAGAUCUGCUGACCAAGGACUACUACAACUACGAUCAGGAGCUAUCCGUCUCAAGUUCCAGCGUCAUCGGAGUGGCACUUACAUCUGCAGCUGUCAGGAAAGGAGGGCUUUGUACUUUUGAUGUUGGUUCGCAGUACAAGUAUAAGAACACCCUCAUUGAUGUGAAAGCCGACACAGAAUCUAAUAUUUCCACCGCUUUGAUCAUCUCGGACAUUUUGCCGUCCACAAAGGCUAUUGCUUCGAUGAAGCUGCCUGAUUAUAACUCUGGAAAGCUGGAAGUGCAAUAUUUACACCAUCAUGCAAGUCUUGCAUCGGUUGUGUCUCUGAACAAGUCCCCGUUAAUUGAGCUUUCUGGGACAAUUGGCGCCCAAGGUAUUGCCUUUGGUUCAGAAGUUGGAUACGACACUGCCUCAGGAGUUUUAACCAAGUACAGUGCUGGAAUAGGCCUAACAAAGCCAGAGUAUAAUGCUUCUGUAAUCCUGAUGGACAAGGGAGACACUCUAAAAGCUUCCUACGUCCGCCAUUUGGACGAGACGCAAAGGAACACUGGGGUACUAGAAAUUCUCAGAAGGUUCUCCAUAAACGAGAACACAGUCACUGUAGGAGCACAAUAUGCACUGGAUCCCCAGACAAUAGUGAAGGCAAGGCUCAACAACUUGGGGAAGUUAGGCGCUCUACUUCAACAUGAGGUGAUUCCAAAAUCAAUAUUAACCAUCUCUGGAGAGUUUGACACCAAGGCCUUGGAAAGGACUCCCAAGUUCGGUUUAGCUCUCGCUCUCAAGCCUUGAUUAUCAUCGCCGCCGCCACGAUUGAGAGUGUGCAUUAAUUGGUUAGGUCAAAAGGGUUGUGAAAUAAGAUGCUCCACAGGCUUGUAUUAUUAUUAUUAUUAUUAUUAUUUUAAAUUUUGACUA